AUGUCCCAUCCACUUCAUGAGCAUAUUACGAGUAGUCCUCAAGGUAACAGUCUCCUGGAUCUAGCAAAUGAUUUGGACAGCAUCUACAAUACGUAUGCAACACAUACCAACAAUGGAUCUGUAGAAACCUUGGACUCCGAAAGGGAUCAACCUUUCCAUCGUCGUCAACAACUUCAUCACAAUCAUCCACAACAAUUUGAUUCAUCUAGACUUCUGUCUAUUGGAAUAUUGGACUUGGAUAAUCAUAGCAAUCCUGAAGAGAACUCACAAUCAUCCUUUGAUUUUAAUCCCAAUUCCUUGGUACGUCCGCUGGCUGUUACAAACUCUUCAUUAAAUGUUCUAUACAAUUCAUCUCUGGACGAUAAGGAUGUCAAUAGAAGCGGCCAUGAAAACAAUGGCAGUGCCAAUAACACCAGCUCAUAUAGCAACAUUCAUAUCAACGAUAGUAGCUAUAACAAUAGUAGUGUUGAAGACGUUCAUGCUCAACCUUUAGAUGAGGGAGAAAGAACAGGUGAUGAAUCUUGGGCUGCAGUUAAGAAAGUGGUGAAUCCAAAGGAUCCAUUGAAUUAUAAAAUUCUUAGACGGUCCGUUCUGGAUUUUAAGUUUGGUAAGUCACUUGGUGAAGGGUCCUAUUCAACUGUUGUCCUUGCCACUGAUAAACAUACAAAUAUCAAAUAUGCUGUCAAAAUUCUUGACAAAAGACAUAUCAUAAAGGAGAAAAAGGUUAAGUAUGUCAACAUUGAAAAGCAUGCUUUGAAUCGAUUAACUGAUCGUAUGGGAAUCAUUUCAUUAUAUUUCACUUUUCAAGAUAAACUGUCUCUUUAUUUUGUUUUAGAUUAUGCAUCAAACGGUGAACUUUUAACUCUUAUCAAGAAAUAUGGUACCCUUAACGAAGAGUGUACCCGGUAUUAUGGAGCUCAACUUUUAGAUGGGAUUAAAUACAUGCAUGAUAACGGUGUAAUUCAUAGAGACAUCAAACCAGAAAAUAUUUUAUUAGAUAGCAAGAUGAGACUUCAAAUCACUGAUUUUGGUACUGCAAGACUUUUAGAAAAGAAGAAUAAGGGCGAUUCGGAAGAUUAUCCAGUCGAUGUACGUGCAAAAUCAUUUGUUGGCACUGCAGAAUAUGUUUCCCCAGAACUUUUAGAAAGCAAAUACUGUGGGAAGCCUGGUGACAUAUGGGCUUUUGGAUGUAUUAUUUAUCAAAUGAUCGCAGGUAAGCCGGCAUUCAAAGGUCUGAAUGAAUAUCAAACAUUCCAAAAGAUUACCAAGUUGCAAUAUGCAUUUAGCGCAGGAUUUCCCAUGGUAAUUAGAGAUUUAAUUAAACUGAUUUUGGUAUUGCAACCUUCUAAAAGAGCAACAAUACAGGCGAUUCAAAAUCAUUAUUUCUUUGAGUCCGUUAAGUGGGAUGAUUUUGAUCUGAUAUGGAUGUCUCCUCAUCCUGAAAUUGGGCCAUACAAGAUGAAUGCCAAAUCUAUGACAAAAGUUCCACAAAUCUCCAAAAAUAAUUCUCUGGCAUCUGUAGCCACAGUCAAUGCAGGCGGUGUCAAGAAAUUGGCAGCCAAGAAGACAACCAAUGGAGAAAAUGGGAAAAGGAUGCCAAGUGGCACUACAGGAACUCCAACUGCGCCUUCUACUUCAUCUCCCGCGGGAACUUCUGCGACUGGUUUAAAUCCUGCAAGUGUAGCUGCAUUUGUAUUGAAUAAGGAUCUUGGUGAUGAUGAAGCUGUGCUUCCACUGGAUGUUAGGAAAACACCAAAACCAAGUGCCGACGGUCGGGUCAAGAGUCGCCCGGCUGCUGAUUAUAUUCCAGGUACAAACAUUUUAAGACCUACUGUAAAUUCGAAGGCAAUCCGAACUCUUACUUCCUCAUCGAAGAAACUGCAGAAGGAAACAAAACCUAAGAGUAAAAUCAUUGAGGUUAGUCCUAUUACCCCAAUUGAAUUGGCUUGGUCUAGCUACUUGCAACAUGAAGAUGAAAGAAUUAUGAAAAUUGGACCGGUUAUUGCUCAUAAACAAUCAACAGAUGUAUUUGAGAGAAGGAACAAAGGCUUGUUGAUUGACUCUCCCUUGGGAUUUUCCAACAAAGUCGGUGGAAGCGUGAGAUCAAACAAUAGUAGCUUAUUAACACAGGUUGUGAAUGGAGCUACUGGAGGUCUAAGAGGACAACAUAUGCAUAAUGUAAAUGAAAGCAGCGAUCAAGAAGGUGAAGAGUACGCUAUUAUUGACCAUCAUCACGAUGGCAGUAGUACAACCACAGAAGAGCCAUCAACUGCAACUAGAGAAAAGAGUACAAUGGGAUCUAUCAAAACUAGUAGAUCAUCCUUAUUCAAAAAGCUUUUACUUCCACAUUCAUCGGAAAAAGAUGAUGGUAAUGAUUCAUCUUCAGUAUCUUCUUCAUCUUCUUCGAUAACCCAUCCAUUGGACAAACUGAAAACAUGUACUAUGUUAAUUACUACUCAUGGAAGAGUUCUUUUAUUCCUUAGGGAUGACAGUCAAACAAAUUAUAAACUUGUCACCGAAAUCAAUAUUGUGUACCCUUUCAUUCAGUUUAAAGAGGUCAUAUCUACAGGCGCCACAAGCAAAUUUCUGCUGAAGGUAGUACCAAGUACCGGCGUAUUUGCAAUUGAAUCUUAUUCUACAACAUUUUCAUUUGAAGUGGAAAAAUUUGAUGUGAAUUUAUGGACUGAAACAUUAGCAAAGGCAAAAAAUAACCAAUAUGAACGAGUAUUGGCUGAGCUGCAAGCUGCAUCUUCUACGAUAUCCUCAACAUCAUCUGGUGGUCCUAGUCUUGAUGCCCCGAUCGCAUUUACAAGUCGUUCAGCUCCUGUUUCAAGGGCUUCUAAGACUGGUACAAUUCCAGCUAGGGGUACUCAACUGCCUAGUACUCCUUCGAGUUCAAGUCCUCAAUCCAAAACUAAAAGUCCAGAAGUUAAACAUCAAAGUAUGUUUAGCAAUCGGAUGUCUAAGUCUGUUAAACGGAAACCUCCUCCUUCUCCAGUCUCAUCUUCUGGGGGGUUAAACAUGUCUACAGGUCUUGGAACUCAGAAUGGAACUAUUGAAAAUGGAAUGCUACAUGCGGCUCAAAUGGCAGUGUCGUCAAAUAAGGCAGCACAUCCUCAACAACGGCCUGAGUAUAAACAAAGAUCAAGUUUCUCUAAGGAAGAUGGCAGCAGGGCCGCCAAUAUAGUUAAGAAUCUAGGUCAAACUCAGGCAAUCACAUCCUUAAACUCUAAAUUUCUUUCAAGAAGUCAGCGAAAGAAAUAA